CCCGACUCUCUGACCAAUGGGCAAGGACGACAGCGAACGCGAAUGCUUUUGUGGCUGACUUGCUCAACGUCGACCCAGCAUCAACUAGAGCGCUGGUGCAUCGUUCGCGAGACGAGAACGUAAUUCGAACAAAGCGUGCUCGAGAGCGUGUGACGACCUGUACGAAAGAGAAAGAGUUACUGACGUGUGCGUGUGUGUGUUGACAUUGUUGACUGUUCGAGUUAGCGACAGAAGAAAAGGGUGCCGAAGGAAGCAGAGGUGUCACUUUGGUGUGCACGCCUCCGGAUCUCUCGACUCGACUUCACGUUUACAAGAAAGGCUGCGACGUUUCUCCAGCUAACGAACGUCUAACACUCUCCACGCGUGGUGCCCGCCCUUGUUCGGAGGCUCGCUCGCCCCGCUGCCCAGCGCAGAAGCCGGCGGGCGGCAUGGCGGAGGCAGCAGCGGGAGCCGGCAUGGGCCCGCCGUCAUGGGCCUGAGGUUCCGGCGGCUGCGCAGAAUGUCCAGCGGCGAAGACGCGCUCACGCCGUCCUCUUCCGGCGCCCAGCCCCAGCAGCCGACGCAGGGCUCGGCGCAGCCGCCCACCAACGGCAGCUCGGAAGAAGAGGAGGCCUGUGACGGCCUGGCUGAACUGUCCCGGCCCGUCAGGCCGCUGCCCAUCAAGGACGGCUACCUGCACGUACUGUCUGGGGACCAUCUAUGGUUCAGGCUUUACGUGGCGCUGCACGCGGAACAGCUGGACGCGUACUACGAGGUCUCGGACAAGGUUCCCGUGAUCUCGGUCAGCCUGGCCGGCUGCGAAGUGGUCACGCCGGACAAGGUCACCGGCUCGGCCCCUGGAGAGGUCUGCUUCCCCAUACAGCUCGUCAAGAAGGAGAGUGCGCCGGUGUGCUUCGCAGCCGACACGGCGCAAGAGCAACAGUCGUGGGGCGAGGAGCUCCGGCGGAGGACGCAGGCGUGCUCCCUUAGCAUCCAGGGGCUGAACCUCGAGGGAUGCUCCAGCUUCCCAUCCCCGCCAGGAGUUCAGAGCAAGGUUCAGCUGGAUGAAAAUGUGCUCGCACAAACUUUGGAGCUUCUCGACGAACUACUCAAGAAAAAGUCGGAUGGCAAGAAGCUCAAGAAAGGGGAUGAGUCCAUGGGCAUGUCCCAGGACGUCGAAGAAGUGGAACAAGCCUCCAUCAUGGCUCACCAGGAGGCUCUCCGCAAGGCCACCCACCUGAGGCAGCGCAAGAUAUCCACCGAGCUCAAGGUGGAGACCCUGCAGAGGCAGCUGCGGAAGCCGAGCAAGAAGUCACAACCCCGGGCCAUCCCCGAGCUGCCAGAGGGACGCGAGCUGGUCGAGGAACAGCUCCAGGAGCUGACGCAGAAGCUGCGCCUGCUCGAAGGAAACCUGGGACAGACCGAGCGUCAGGCACAGAAAGUGCGUCGCGAGUGGGACAAAAAGAUGGAAGAGGUGUACCAGCACCUGUUCGAGAACAGGUACCUGUCGCCGGAAGACGCCUUGCGCGAGAAUUGGGCCGACUCAUCGGCGCCCCGCAUCCUGGUAUCGCGGACGCAGGACGAGGGGCGCUCGGGCGGCUCGCUCAGGGUGCGCGCCGCCAAGUUCAUGCCCUCGUCCCGCGCCAAGAAGAAGGAGGACGCCAGCCACAACGGCUCCAUCAUCAAGAAGUCCGCCUCCAACACCUCGCUCAACAACGGUGCGGGCAAGGCCGGCGACGAGUCCGAUGACACGACAAAGAGUUCGGACUCCAAGGAGAUGGAGGACACUCGCACCGCUUCCAAGAGCCGCCGGAGCCCGCUGCGCAUCAUCGGAGACUUUCUCGAGUCGCGCAAGGGUCGCUUCGGAAGCACGCACAAGAAGUCAUUCCGGGGCCGAUCCGAGUCCCAGAACAAGCGGCUCAAGGCGCACCACGGCGGAGGCGGCGGCGGCGGUACCGGCGCUGCCUUAGCGACGGUCGGCGCUACUGCAACGGCGGCCUCGUCAGCCGACGCCGCCUCGCUGUUAUCGGCCGAGGAACAGCACAUGGAGCUGCCGUACCUGCAGCUCCAGGAACAGGAGUCGCGCCUCGCGUCACCGGCCGUCGAGCACCCGCCUUCGUCGCACGGGGCGGCGACCGAGGGAAACGGCCACUCGGCGUGGAGGUCGGGCUCCUCGCCGCCGCCAGAGGAGCUGGCGUCGCCCGGCGGUUCCGAACCCAGGCGAGGAUCCGGAGGAGGGGGCACCGCCGAAGCCAAAGAUGGCGACCAUGCCGCCCUCGUGGCGGCCGUGGUGGCCAGGAAUGAGGAGCUGCCUUUGCUGCACACGGACAGCGGCAGCUGCUGCUCCGAGGACGACGCGCAUAGCCUCGACAGCGGCUCCAGGCUGCUCUCCGAGGACCCCGACGGGAACGUGCGCUGCCACAUCGACCCCGAGAUACUGGCCGAGAUCGAGGCCUUCGAGCAGAUGGCGCAAAGCUACCUGAAGCGUCACGGUCACGACUUCCCUUUUUGAAGACGACUGUUGUUUGUUCUUCUCGCACCCUUCUUGUACAUAGGCACAUCUUUUCUCACGUGAUAUAUAUGUUAAUCUGCCACCGUCUUUUGAAUACGACGACACCUAAAAUAAAAUUGUUAUUCACAGCUGGUGCACAACAGUGUUGGCACAAAC